CACCCCCCUCUCCUCUCCCCACCACCAACGUUUCAGGGUUCCAAGCAACACAAUGCCCGCCGCUAUCCCCCCCAUCACUGGCAUGCUCCGCCGUGGUCUCGUCCUGGACCUGAGCACCGCUUUCGGUUUCGGUACCACCUUCGGCUACCUCUGGUGGUACGGCUUCCACCUUCCCCGUGUCCGUGAGCGCGACACCUACUACGCCCGCCUCGAGGCUGAGCGUGCCGCCCAGCGCGGUUAAAUCGGUCGCUAAUCGCAUCCGGUCAUCUCCUUCCCGCCCUUUCGGCGUCAGUCCUUUUCUUUGUCAAAG